AUGCAUAUUCUCAAGCCAUCAGAUAUAAAACCGUUUCCAAAAGCACCGCCUCGAAAAACCAACAGAAAAUCUCGCCUAGAAAAAUCUAGAAUUUACACAAACAUCCCAGAGAAAACUCGAGUUGAAGAAUUAGAAGAAAUCAGGAAGCUGAAGCUGAAGAAAACUGGAACCAAGAAAAAGUUAGUGAUAAAUUCAACAAGCGCUCAAAAGUUGAAAGACAGCAAUCCCACAAAAAAACAGAUUCUCCACGAGAAAAAAAAUAAAGAAAAAAUAAGAAAGACAAAGAAAAGAGCCAAAGAAAGUGACACGUCUUCAGAUUCUGAGUCAGAAUAUUUUAAAGCGAUGAAAAAGAAGAACAGAUAUCUCGGCUCUUCAUCUGACUCGGAUAUUGGCAUGGAAUCCGAUUGCGAUGAAUUCGCUAAGCUUUUAGGUGAUAAAACUGAUAAAUAUUGUUCCUUUUUUUUUCUUUUAAUUUACCCACCAUAG